AUGUAUUUUCUCUGUGGGAGCAUUGUGGAUGCUAAGAACAUCUUUUAUCAGCUUGAUUUGCAAUAUACUUUGCCUUGGAACUGGAUGAUUAGAGGGUUCACUAUGAUGGGUUACUUUGAGUUUGCCUUGCUGUUUUACUUCAAGAUGUUGGGUUCUGGAAUUUCACCUGACAAGUACACUUUUCCAAGUGUAAUUAAAGCUUGUGGUGGUGUGAAUAAUGUAAGAUUGGGUAAAGCAAUCUAUGAUACCAUCCAGUUUAUGGGUUUUGGAGUGGAUAUAUUUGUGGGUAGUUCUUUGAUUCAAUUGUAUAUGGGCAAUGGUUGUAUCCAUGAUGCAUGGUGCUUGUUUGUUGAAAUGCCUCACAAAGAUUGUGUUUUAUGGAAUGUCAUGCUUCAUGGUUAUGUUAAAAAUGGAGAAUCGAAGAAUGCUGUUGGAAUGUUCUUGGAAAUGAGAAAUAGUGAAAUUAAGCCCAAUGCAGUGACAUUCGCUUGCAUUUUGUCUGUUUGUGCCUCAGAAGCUAUGAUUGGUUUUGGUACUCAGCUUCAUGGGCUAAUUGUUGCUUGUGGGUUGGAGUUGGAUUCUCCAGUGGCUAAUACAUUGUUAGCAAUGAAUGUGGAUAUGGCACACAAAAUUUUCAACCAAAGCACCAGAACUGAUGUUGUCAUGUGCACUGCUAUGAUUUCAGGGCUCGUUCUCAAUGGGAUGAAUAAUGAUGCAUUGGAAAUUUUUAGAUGGUUACUUAAAGAGAAAAUGCGACCGAAUUCUCUAACCUUGGCAAGUGUUUUACCAGCUUGUGCUGGUUUGGUUGCUCUGAAAUUGGGAAAGGAAUUGCAUGGAAACAUCCUCAAGCAUGGGCUUGACGGAAGGCUUCAUCUGGGAAGUGCGCUUACAGACAUGUAUGCAAAAUCUGGAAGAUUGGAUCUUGUUCAUCAAGUUUUUGAAAGAAUGUUUGAAAGGGACACCAUUUGUUGGAACUCAAUGAUAACAAGCUAUUCCCAGAAUGGCAAGCCAGAAGAGGCCAUUGAUAUAUUUCGUCAAAUGGGGAUGGCAGGUGCCAAGUAUGACUGUGUAAGCAUUUCAGCUGCUCUUUCUGCUUGUGCAAACUUACCGGCACUUCAUUAUGGGAAAGAGAUUCAUGGUUUCAUGAUUAGAAGUGCAUUUAGGUCUGAUCUGUUUGCUGAGAGUGCACUGAUAGACGUGUAUGCCAAAUGUGGAAACUUAUUUCUUGCUCGCAGUGUGUUUGACAUGAUGGAAGAGAAGAAUGAAGUUUCCUGGAACAGCAUUAUUUCUGCUUAUGGGAGUCACGGUUGCCUUCAGGACUCUCUUGUCCUGUUUCAUGAAAUGUUGGGUAAUGGGAUCCUGCUUGAUCAUGUCACCUUUCUUGGUAUAUUAUCUGCUUGUGGCCAUGCAGGCCAAGUUGAUGAUGGAAUUUUCUACUUCCGUUGCAUGAUUGAGGAAUAUGGGAUCCCAGCUAGGUUGGAGCAUUGUGCUUGCAUGGUAGAUCUAUUUGGGCGUGCUGGACGUUUAAGUGAAGCAUUUGAAACAAUAAAGAGUAUGCCAUUCUCCCCAGAUUCUGGUGUCUGGGGAACAUUGCUUGGAGCUUGUCGGGUCCAUGGCAAUGUUGAGCUUGCUGAAGAGGCAUCAAGACAUCUUUUUGACUUAGAACCCCAAAAUUCUGGGUAUUACAUACUACUCUCAAAUAUACAUGCUGAUGCUGGAAAAUGGGGGAGUGUGCUUAAGGUUAGAAGUUUGAUGAAGGAAAGAGGAGUUCAGAAGGUUCCUGGGUACAGUUGGAUCGAGGUUAACAACAACACUCAUAUGUUUGUUGCAGCAGAUGGAAGUCACCCACAGUCUGCUCAGAUAUAUUCAAUGCUCAAGAGUCUUCUUCUUGAACUGCGAAAAGAGGGUUAUAAUCCUCAACCCUGUCUUCCUACACAUCCACAAACAUCGGGGAUGUAA